AGGCGGAAAAUUCAAACCUGACAAGGGUGGCUUCGAUUCGCGCAUCGAGUAAAUAUUGCUGCGAAAUAUCGACAGCAUGUAAUAAAGAAACACGUUUCUGUCUUAUAACGUUGGUUGUCGACAUUAAAUCAACUACAAGCUGAAGAUGGAGCCAUUUGAUAUUUUCAAGAAUGAUGAAAACAUUGGCUCCUCCAAGAGGCGCAUUUCCUCGAUUUUAAAAGCACCGCGGAUAUCCACUAGAUUUUCUGAUCCAGAGCAAGUGGUAACUCCGGUGGAAGUUGCCAAACCAGUGGAAAAGAGGAAUUCAAAAAGAGUCAGUUUUGCUCCCGCCAAUGAUGUUCUUCUGUUUUCAAAUGAUGGGAAGAAUACCUCUCCUGCCACAAAUCCUUUGCAAGAUGUCACAACAACUGCUGUGCCAAAUACUGACAAAAGGGUCCAGAUGGGGGUCACUGAAGAAGGGGUUCAACGAGUCACUGGUAUGGAUAUCUUGUUAAAUGCUCCAUUGCAUUCAUCUCAACAAAAACAUGAGGAGAGUUUUAUGAUCAACCGAGAUGCUGAAGAUGACUGCGGGGAGAAAACAGUGUUAUUUCCUGCAGAUAAUGCAUCCAUGGAUAUGACCCACAGUCACACAAUAAUCAUUUCCAAUGAUGAAGAAUUACAGCCAGUUCUGCCAGACCAGCAGGAUUGUGCUUUACCUACUUACAGAAACAUGGAUUUGUCAUUAUGCAUGGAGAAGAAGAAUAGUGACACAUACAAUCUGCCUAAAAACAAAUCAAUGCAUGAUUUGGAUCCAGAAUUUGAAAACUUCCUUGCUAGCCUCUCUAAGCCAAGUGGCCCCAGGGGUAAUUCUGUGAUGGCCAAAGUGAUGCCCACGGCUGUACCAUUCCCUCAAGAGACUGUAAGUACUAGUGGGUUCCAACCUCAGCUUAAAACACAAAGGUAUGGUGCAGAUAAGGAGAAUCAGGCUCCAGCUUCUAUGUCGAUGAUGCAGAAGCCAUCAAAUAAACCCAGAACCACUCGUGAAUCAUCUGCUAAAAGUGUAAACUACUCAGAAGGUGAUGUAAGCAUGGAUAUGACUGAAGCUAUCACAGGCAGUAUUGUGGAAAACACAUUGACAAAUGAGCCUCUUAAAUGUCUGUUUUCGACACAACACCUGCAACAGGAGAGCACUGAAGCACUGGGAUAUCCAUCAUCCAACCCGUGGAAAGCAGAAGAUGAUUCUGAUGAUAUGGAGUUCACAAGCUGUCAAACUAGGAUCAUUGAAGCAAGAAAUCUUGACACUGUAAAGCAUUUACCAAGUUUUGGCACUGUGGUACCAGUCGGCGCAUUGAAUGCCAACAAAAAUCCUGCAGAAGAUAACCCUGGUAUGGGUAUGGCAGCAGGCCAAGGAGGAGAUACAAAGUACAAUAACUAUGAUGACAUGGAACUAACAAGAAGCCAGACAUUUGCCAUCGAUGCUAAAACCAUCCAUGCACUCAGUCCGUUGCAAAACAAUAACCAAAAGAGUCUGGCCUUUCUGAGACCUUCCAAUAAUGCCACAAAUACAUUAGAGGUUGGGUGUGACAUGGACUUGACUAAAGUUUUCACUGAGUCUAUUGAUCAUAUCUCACACUCGGAUCGCUCACGAAUGCCAGACAACCCUUUGGACUGGCUCUUCCCAAAAAUGGAUAAUGAAAAGGGGACAUCAGCAACAGAAGCUGAUUCUAAUGACAUGGAGCUCACAAGAUGUCAAACGAGGGUCAUUGAAGCAAAACACCUUGACACUAGAGAUCCCUUGAGUUUUGGCAUUGGAAGACCAGUCAGCAUAUUGGAUUCAAAUAAAAAGCUGGUUUCAGAGGAUGACAAUAGUAUGGAUAUGACUGCACAUAAGGGAGAAGACACAAAGUACCAUAACUGUGACUCAGAUAAUAUGGAAAUAACAAGAAGCCAGACAGUUGCUAUUGAUGCCAAGAGCCUCAAUGUUGUCAAACCUAUGCAUAACAAAAAGCGAAAGAGCCUGGCUUUUAUGACAUUUUCCUCUAAAACCAGUGAUACCUCUGAAGUUAAGUGUGACAUGGGGAUGAGUCGUGUCCUCCCUGAAUCUGUCGAUCACGUUUCACAAUCAGGUGGCCCAGGAAGAACAGAAAAGCUUUUGGACAACCUCUUUCCCAAAACACAGAAUAUAGGAACAAAAAAUAUGCCUGAAGCAGAUCCUGAUGACAUGGAGUUCACAAGGUGUCAAACUAGGGUCAUUGAAGCAAAACAUCUUGGCACUAAUGAUCCCUUGAAUUUUGGCACUGGGAGGCCAGUGAAUGUGCUGGAUUCAAAUAAAAAGCUGAUUUCAGAAGAUGACAAUGGUAUUGAUAGGUCUGCUCACCAUGGAAAGGACACAAAGUACCAUUACUGUGAAUCAGAUAAUAUGGAAAUAACAAGAAGCCAGACAGUUGCCAUUGAUACCACAAGCCUCAAUGCAGUCAAAUCCAUGGAGAACAAAAAUCGAAAGAGUCUGGCUUUUGUGACAUUUUCCGCCAAAGCCGGUGAUACCUCAGAGGUUAAGUGGGAGAUGGGGAGAAGUCAUAUUUUCCCUGAAUCUGUUGAUCACAUGUCACAAUCGGAUGGCACGAAAAUUACAGAAAAGCUUUUUGACAACCUCUUGUCCAAAACACAGAAAAUGGGGACAGAAGAUAUACCUGAAGCAGAUCCUGAUGACAUGGAAUUCACAAGGUGUCAAACUAGGGUCAUUGAAGCAAAACAUCUUGGCACUAUUGACCCUUUGAAUUAUGGCACUGGAAGGCCAGUGAGUGAUCUGGAUUCAAAUAAAAAGCUGAUUUCAGAAGAUGUCAAUGGUAUUGGUAGGAUUGCUCACCAGGAGAAAGACACAGAGUACCAUAACUGUGAAUCAGAUAAUAUGGAAAUAACAAGAAGCCAGACAGUUGCCAUAGAUGCCAAAAGCCUCAGUGCAGUCAAAUCCAUGGAGAACAAAAAUCAAAAGAGUCUGGCUUUUGUGACAUUUUCCACCAAAGCCAGUGAUACAUCAGUGCUUAAGUGUGACAUGGAGAUGACUCACAUUUUCCCUGAAUCUGUCGAUCUUAUUCUACAAUCAGAUGGCUCAGGAAUGACCGAUAAGCACUGGGACAAUCUCUUGCCCAAAACACAUGAAAUGGGGACAUCAGAUAUACCUGAAGCUGAUCCUGAUGGCAUGGAGUUCACAAGGUGUCAGACUAGGGUCAUUGAGGCAAAAAUUAUUGAUGUAAUAAGGACCUCAGAACCUGGCGAAGAAGGGUCUGUUGUCAUACCAAAUUCAAGCACAAAAUAUCUUGCAGAAGGCAACAGUGGUAUGGAAAUGACACAAGCUCUCAGUACAGCAAAGUCUUCCCAAAACCGCUCUCGUUUUAGCCACAUAGACAAGACCGUGGCCAAAGUCUCCACAACUGCCGGGGCUGGUGUGGAAGACAGUAACCUGUCUGAAAUGGGCCACACAAGUGAUCAACUCACUUGUCAAUCAGAUGACAUGGAAUUAACAAGUAAUCGUGUUUGUCGUGAUUAUAAAAUCACAGGCUUCAUGAAUCAGGUCCUCCACAAAGAAAAGGAAAGUUUUUCAUCUUUACAUGGGAAAAUUCCAAAUUUAAGAGAGGCCAACACUCAGGCUGGUGUCUCCAAAGCAUCGCACAAUAAAGAAAAUGGCACAGAAGCACAUGUUGUAGAUGGCAUGCACAACAUUCCUGAUGAGUGUGCAGAGUUUGGAGACAUGGAUAUCACCAGAGAGAAAAUAAUUCCUGUGGAAACAAACCAAGGAACAGUUAACUCAUUCCCUACAAGUGUGUUGUCAGAUGAUAAUGAGAAAAGGGUGACCAAAGUCAACACAAGUGUCAGCACAAAGUCAGCACAACAAGUGAUUAAUGCACAUCUGAAUGCAUCGGCAUCCUUACCUCCUCCUGAGUGUCGGUUUGACAACCAGACAAACUUUACAGAAUCUCUUGAUUCAAAGGAAAUUGAAAGUAAAAAAGAUCCUGAACUAAGAAAUGAGAACAGCCCUUUAUCAAAGAGAUUGGAAAACUCACCCAGUGGUUGCCCUGCCACCUACCAAGUUGAUAAUUUCUCUUCGAGGAAUGCUCAGAACAGACGAAAGAGUCUGGCUGAUCUCCAGUCCAAAUUAAGGCGUAUAAGCCACAUGAUGUUUGAAGCCAAUGACAACAAUGCUAUAGACAGCUACACUGUACCUUUACCUCAAGUGGAGAAUUCCUUGGAAAAAAACUCAAUCAAAACCAAAUCUGAACGCAAUCUUGGGAUAGGAUGUAUGGAUAAUGAAGAUAAUACACAUCAUGCAGAACAACCUUGUACAGCUGCUCUCAGUGUGAAGGCUAAACAUCCUACGUCAAGACUUUCAAUGGUGGACUUUAUGCCCAAACUCCCAAAAUUAAGCAAACCUGAACCAAACAAGGUGGAGUCCAGUCAUGUGGAUUUCACUCACCAAUUAAACAAUGAGACACAGAUGUACAAUAUUGAUGACGAAGUGUUUCCUAACAUAAGCAGUGAUGAAGAUUUGUCUGAAACGAUAGAAACAAAGACUGAGAGAAGCAAUGAAAAAGAAAGUCCUCUCAAAAAGCUAAAGGUGGAUGAACCUUUGGAGGAUAUGUGUGAAGAGCCUGUUCCCAAUGUUGUCCAAGGCAAGAAGAGACCUUUACCAGAUGAUCAUCUUGAAGAUCAUGUAGAUGAUGAAAAGAGAAGGAGACCGUCAUCUGAAAACACAGUGGAAAUGGGGUUACAGUCUCAAGUUGUUGAUUGUGACAGUAACAUUACUGCAGCGCCAGGUGUAAUUACACAGAGCAUGGAUGCCUUCAACUAUAGCAGCACAACCAAUGUCAGAUGUGAAGCAACAUUUGAGUCCACUCGUAAGCAAAGCCUGUUUGAAUCCCAGCUUGAGGACAACACCAGUGAUAUACAGAAGAAACUUGAUGAUGACGACAUAACAGUGUUAGAGUUUUUUAAACUCUUCAACUUGGACUUUAUCAUCCAUAAGCCUCGGCAGAGUGUGCUCCCUGGCAGACUUGCAUCAGAUUUGGAUCGUAGACCAAACGAUUUGCUGAGAGACAGACAUAUCAACCAUCCUAAACAGAGGGUGUAUGAGGCAGACCUCCAGAACCUAAUAGAUAAGGUGGAGGGGUUGAAGGCCCAAAUGAAAGAUGGUGAGAAACUUAAGAAUGUCAAUAGAUCUCUUUGGGAGGAGAUGAGUGGCCUGUCAGAGAAAGAGCUGAAAUGUUUUGGUGCAAAGUUAAAAGAGAGAAGUAACUUCUUCAGAAAAAGAAGCAAAGUUCAGUCACAUGAAAUGAAGGAGGUCCUGUACUCAAAUCUUGUGCAGGCCAAUCUGGAGGAACAACAGAAAUUGCAAGGAAAGAUUGAAGAGGCUGAUGAAAUGCUGAAAAGUCUGGAUGACUGUAUUCAUGAACUGGAAAAUGAGCUCGCUGCAGUUGAAGGGAAAGGUUUGGAAGACAGCAAACCAACUUUGAAAUCAAAUCAGCUGGGACUCAACAAAGUCACUCAUGAGCUGGCUGAUGAUGAAAGACAAAUGUGUGAACUGGAGAUGCAGAAGAAGCAUAAUCUGGACAAACUGAACAAGUUAAGAACUGAGGCCGAAGAUCUUGAAAACCACAUCACCGUCCUGCAUUGGCUCAAUGAAUGGAAGUUUAGCGAGAAGUGGGACAAUGGCACAGUAUACACCUUUCUCUUUGAGUCAUUGCAUCUUAUGCUGAUGUUUGAAAACGGCGAUGGAAAUGAUGCUGAAGAUAAUUCUGAGCAGAAGAUAUCAGACAUCACUUUAAAAAUUCAACAACUGGAUGAUGAAACGCCACAGUCCCAUGCACACCUUGUUCACAGACUGCUAUCUCAGUACUUCGAGGGAAAAACUGAUUGGGUGAAGAAGUAUCCAACCAGCAGAUGUGUUCCAACGCUGCUCCAUGACGUCAGCCUGGUGGUGAGCCGCUGUCGUCUGCUCGGAGAGGAGGUGCGCCUGUUGAAAAUGUGGGGUGGUCUGAGGCUGGAUCUCCUGGACAUAAGCUGUGUGGACACACAAAUCCGUGUUCUCUUCAGCAAUCUCAAGGCAUUUUCCAAGUUUGAGUUUUCCCUCGCUGUCACCCCGUCCUACCCCCACUCUCAGCUUCAAGUGCAGAACUUCAAAAGCUACAUCGGAAACACAACGGUCCAUCAGAUCGAGGAGGUAGUGUCAUCAGUCACUCCGUCUGAAAAGUACUUGACAAGGAUUGUCAAGAGGAUUCAUGACACUCUACUGUGAGACCUCGACACGUCAUAGUACUCCUGCCAUAUGUUGUUUCUUUUUUCUAAUGUUAAUAAUAACUUCAUUAUAAUGUUAAUAAUAAUUUUAUUAUUUUCUACAUUGUACUUGAGAUUAAUACUGUAGACAACAAAGCUAUAAAAGAAUACCUGGAAUUAUGUAGAAAAUGAACCAGAAUAUGUUCUAAUAAUAAAAAUAAAGAAAACCCAUUGAGAAGGUGUGUCAAA